AAAUGAUUUCCACUUACAAUCGAUUUACGAUUAUUCAUUUGUGAUUGUGUGGUUCAAAAGUAUUUUGGUAGAAUUCUAUUUAGCACUCUUUCAAUGGCCUUGUGUUUUUGCAGCGUAUGUGCAUUCUCAAACAAAGGACUCUCUUCCAGUGUUUAUCGUCCUUUCGGUUAUACUAGUAAAACAAGUUCUUUGAAAACUAGUCAGUUAUGCAGAAAUGUUACAAAAAAAGUAACAUUAUUUCAAAUGAAGACGUCUUCUGGUAACAAGACUACUGUAAAGAAUGUGAAUACAGAACAACAACUUGAUUCAGAAUUGAAUGGUGAAAAACCUGUGGAGAAUGAUGUUUCCAGUUCAGAGGAACAAACCUCUAAGUGGGUAUACCCUUCAAGGAGAUAUGGAGCCACCAUAGAUAUGGAUGGAAAAAGCAACGUUUGGGCAGUUGAACCUAAAGUAGUUGUACAAUCAGAAGAUGAAACAAGCAAGGGCAACUGGAUACCUCUUAUCAUUGGAAUAAUAGUUGUUUUAAUAGCUGCAGCUUUGCCUUUUUUGCCUUUAACUAAUGCCGACCAAUUUCGGUAAAGCAAACUUGCGAAACUUUUUGGGGAGUUCGUUGUAGGUUUUUUUAAGGGAAAUAAAAAGGAACUUGUACACUCUUAGGCAAU